UUGUGGGAACUCCACACCGCAGAGAAGCCAUAGAAGCAAAGAAAGAAGAUGACAGGCGUAUGGAGGUGUACACUGACCCUGGCGGUGUUGCUGUUCUUAUGUCUCUGGGGGGCCAGUGACGCCGUAGGGGGUGCAAAGAGUCGGCCCAGACCCAAACGACGACCUCGCAAGAAGACAAAGGUCGACCCUAUUGACGUGACACCACCUCAAAAGAAUAUAGAUAUACAACAGAUGACAGGAACAUGGUACCUUCUCAACACGGCCUCCAAAUGUUCUUAUCUGAUCAACCACGGAACCAAGGUGGAACCCACCGUCAUGACGCUCACAUUGUCUCCGACUUCGGACCAAACGCUGUUGGUUAGCACAAAAACGCGUCAUAACCAUCAGUGCUGGGAGAUACUGCAGAUGUACAAUCUCACCCCCACCCCUGGACGCCUGAUAAUUCCAGGACCUCAAUCUGAGCUGAACACCGAUAUUGUGAUCGGCGAGACAGACUACAGCUCCUACGCCAUCUUGUACUACCAGAAACAAGGCAAGCUCACCAUGAAACUCUAUGGCCGAUCUGUGGACAAUUUAUCGGAACCGAUGCUGAGCAAGUUUGAGCAGCUCGCUGAAAAGCAAAGCCUGGGUCUGGCGUAUCUUUUCCCCUUCCCAACCUACAGUCACUGUGGUGAUGUGGACCAGCAUCAUAAAAUCAACUGUGUUCCCACAUGCUGAACAAAAGGAUGAAGUAAAAAUAAAUAGGAAUAUUCAUAAAUAAAAUAAAUCCAGCCAUAUUA